GGAUUCUAUCACGAACAGUCACGACCUGACAGGGAUGAAUACGUCACUAUCUUAUGGGACAACAUCAAAACAGGUAAGUUGGAACAAAAUAGCAUGUCAUAUAGUUUACAUUAUGUGAUUUAGUCGAGUGAAUUCCGUUAUAAAAAUAUAAUACUUCAACUUCUUCCAAAAAGGCAACGUUUGCAGCUCUGCAUCAGUUAUAAUUAAUGUGUAUUCUAAUUAAAGCAAUUGAAAUAGGAAUAGAGCACUUUUAUGUGAUCCUAGCAUUGGUACAUCAACAGUAGGGCAGGGCUUUUUCUUUUCCGUGGAUUCAACGUAUUAUUUAGGAAAUUUUGCUGUAAUUACAUCAAUUCUCAUGUUUAACAAGCCGACCUUUUCUUGUCCUAGUCUAUUACUAUGCUUUAUCUAAUUAUUUAAACUCAUUGAGGGUUGGUACGUCCCGAGGUUUCAAAUUAUUACCAAGCUUCCUUUCUAUCGAAGUGAUUUGAUUUUUUUGAGUUAUAUUAUGAGCUGUUACAUACUGUUGACUGAAUUAAUGAUACUUUAUGUUUUAAGUUAAUAGAUUAUUUUAUAUUUAAUCGAAGUAUAAUAACCUUUAGGUAAGAGUCAUAAUUUCAAAAAGUACAACCGUGGAACAAUAGACUCUUUGGGAAGUCCAUAUGACUAUGGAAGCCUGAUGCAUUAUGGGAGCAAAGCUUUCAGCAAAAAUGGAAAACCUACGAUCGUCGUCAAGCAGUCUGGGGUAUGUAAUCAUUCGAUUUUUUAG